AUGGUGGAGGGUUUAGUAGACAUAGUUUCUCUAAACCAAGCAGGUUUUGUCAAAGGAAGAAGCAUAGUGGAGAAUGUCCUACUUACUCAGGAAAUUAUUUCAGAUAUCAAACUGAGGACAAAAUCUGCUAAUGUAAUCAUGAAACUAGAUGUGGCUAAGGCCUAUGACAGGGUUUCAUGGAUUUUCCUAAUCAAAGUUCUAAGAAAGCUUGGUUUUUCAGAAUUUUUGAUAGAUAUGAUUUUCAGGCUUGUUAGCAGCAAUUGGUAUUCAGUGCUAAUUAAUGGACAACAACAGGGUUUCUUUCAAUCCUCCAGAGGUGUUAAACAAGGGGAUUCUCUAUCUCCUACUUUGUUCAUUUUAACUGCAGAGGUGUUGUCUAGAAACCUUAAUGCUCUACAUCAUAUUCCUCAAUUUAAAGGUUAUGGCAUGCCUAAAUGGAGUCCUAGGGUGAAUCAUCUAGCUUAUGCUGAUGGUAUGAUUAUUUUCUCUUCAACAGAGGUAUUUUCUUUAUAA